AUGAUCUACGAACUCCGUGUCUACACCACGAUCCCUGGCCGGUUGCCCAACCUGCUGGCGCGGUUCGAGAACCACACGCUCAGGAUCUGGGAGAAGCACGGCAUCAGGCAAUUGGGUUUCUGGUACGUAUUCCGCCUCUUUUCUGACUUGAUAGUCCGGCUUUGGCUCUGGUCCCCUAUCAACCCAAUAGUCCUGGUGUACCUGACCAUCGUGAAACUGAUUCUUGUCGACAGGACAACCCUCGUCGGCCCCGACGCCAACGACCUCACGUACAUGCUGGCUUGGGAGUCGCUGGCCGAGCGCGAACAGAAAUGGGACGCCUUCUUCAACGACCCCGAGUGGAUCGAGGCCCGGGCCAACAGCGAAAAGGACGGCGCCAUCAACGCCAAAGUCGCCAGCAGUUUCUUGGUCCCGACAAAGUUUUCGGCCAUUCAGUGA